UGGUCAGACAUUGGAGGGAUGGAAAACGUGAAACUGAAACUCAAGCAGGCUGUUGAGUGGCCACACAAACACCCUGAAUCCUUUACCAGAAUGGGGAUUCAACCUCCAAAAGGAAUUCUGCUUUAUGGGCCUCCUGGAUGCUCUAAGACAAUGAUAGCAAAAGCUUUGGCCAAUGAGAGUGGACUGAAUUUCUUAGCCGUGAAGGGACCAGAACUAAUGAGUAAAUACGUAGGAGAAUCUGAGCGUGCUGUGAGAGAGAUCUUUAGGAAGGCCAGAGCCGUGGCACCUUCUGUCCUCUUCUUUGAUGAAAUAGAUGCUUUGGCAGUUGAGAGGGGUAGCUCUGCUGGUGCUGGAAAUGUGGCUGACCGAGUCCUUGCACAAUUGUUGACUGAAAUGGACGGGAUUGAACAGCUCCAUAAUGUGACAAUCUUGGCAGCCACCAACAGGCCAGAUAUGAUAGACAAGCAGGCAAUUUAUGUAAUCCACACUCUGGAUCAUGUGUUCAAAAGAUAAGCAGAUGUCACUGAUGAAGCUAUUGCCU